CACAGCACUAUCACUUUCCUGAAAGUUCACUAAGCCAAAAAUAUGAAACAUAAAACAACGCAGACAGUCGUGAGAAAAGAAUUUCGCUUGUAAAUGCUUCCUAAGCAAACAUUGGAUACUGAACGUUGCUAUGGUUGCAUUGUCUAAUUUUCCAGCCGCCAGCUUUAUUAUUUUAUAUCCUUUUGUUAUUCUCGAGACUUAUAUACGGAAUUGUUUUUAGUGCAUAAAAAUUGGUUGUUAUACAAUAAAUCAGAUUGAGAAAAUGAGACUCAUACCAUCUCGCCUUCGAAUAGCUGUUUUGAUAAUCAGUGCAUUCGCGUUGCUGCUAGUGUGGAAUAUCUUGACUGUUUUUGACACUUCUUCAGUUCUUAGCCUUUAUGCGCAAGAUGGAUCGGAAGGGGAUCAUUCGUGGUUAUCCUCGAAAAAUUUGGAUUUAGAUAUUCCUGCUAACCAAGAUAACAUUAAAGAGAAGAUAGCUUAUCAAAGAGGUGCACUGGAAACAUUCUACGAUACCAAAAACAAUUUCAAUACUACGGUGAAAGAAAAGAAUAUCCUUGUCUAUGGAGUUCAUUUCCCUUCUACUGGUAUGGAUUUUUCAGUUUGUCAUGCUUCUAAGUGUAAAGUAACUACUGAUCGAACUAAGUGGCGUGAGGCUGAUGUUAUCAUUCUUACGGAUGAGCAAUAUCCGAAAGGACUACGUCGUCGAAAUCAGUUGUGGUUUACUUUAGUUCAUGAAUCCCCUGCACAUAUCAAAAUUGCGGAUGAUCUAGGAGACAGAGUGAAUUUUACCAUAUCCUAUCGUCUGGAUUCUUCCGUCUUAUCACCAUAUGGAUUAUAUCAACCUUCAGUGAAAUCUGAUGGACCGCAUACAAAAUAUCCUCUUCCUGAACGAGAUUUCGCCAAAGGAAAGUCCAAACUUGUGGCAUGGUUUGUUAGCAAUUGCCUUCCUAACAGUCCCAGGACUAUAUAUGCUCAUGAACUAUCACGACAUAUUGAAGUUGAUAUAUAUGGUGAAUGUGGUUCAAAGAAGUGUCCUAGAUUAUCUGAAGAGUCAUGCUUCAAAAUACUUCGUGAAAAGUAUAAAUUCUAUUUGAGUUUUGAAAACAGUUUAUGUAAAUAUUAUGUAACAGAAAAGUUCUACAGAAAUGCAUUACAAAAUGAUAUAAUUCCUAUUGUGAUGGGAGCUUCGAUUGAAGAAUAUCAAGCACUAGCACCUCCACAUUCUUUCAUUCACGUGGAUCAAUUUGAAUCACCAAAAGAACUUGCAGAAUACUUAAGGUAUCUAGAUAGGAACAAUACUGCAUACAAUGAAUACUUUGCUUGGCGUGGUCAUGGAGAAGUCUCAAAUUGGCAUGGAGAACCUCAGUGUGAAAUAUGCCUAUUAGCACAUACAAUUCAACAUGUAAAGCCGCACUGGGUUUCAGAUGUAUCCGUUUGGUGGAAUGAUGCGUGUAAAAAUCGAAAUCUUCGUUGGAAACCGUCUAUUCUGUGAAAGAGAAAAAAGUGGUGACAAUAGGAUCAUGCCUUUGAAAUCGCUCUAUUAUGCCUAUCUUACAUGCUUUCCCAACUUUAUGUUAAUACUCUCUAAUUAAUUUCCGUUUCAGAACUAACCAUUAGUGAUGUUUUGACUAACAGAGAGCCUGAUUGUUGCUUUGUGAACAAGUUAAUAAAUUCGUCAUUUAUUUUCUUUUUUGUAUCGAUUACGUACUACAUUCUUUUAUUUUUUCAAGCAUAUUUCAAAUUAUGUAGAAAAUUACAGAAAGCUGUGAAUACUUUAGCUGUUUUAUCAUUUUUAACUAAUUUUUUUUGCAUUGAUUUUGGAUGCCUUUUUAACUAAGAAUGUUGUACACGUCUUUCCAUGGU